AUGGCGGGCACACCGUUAAUGAUUCUGGCGUACGCGUCGGUGAUGAACCUGAACUCAUUGCUGCGCGACAUUGUGGACCACCCGAUCAGGCGAUGGUUGUGGGUGAUGGCCUUGUACGUGGGCGUCUACUACUACCGUGUUCAGAACCUACCGCCUGCACCGGCAACCUACCUACCACUCGCACAUGACAAGACCAGUCUUGUUCUGGUCGUUGUCGGGCUCCUUCUGGGCGGUUUCUACCUGGCCUUCGUUGCCGGCUGUGCCAUUCAAUGCGCCCUCAAAGAUCGAACACUCAAGGACUUGGCCCAAGCUUUUUCUCGUUGA